AUGGUCAAAAUAUGUGGAUGUGGUGGAAGGGGAAGUGGUGCUCCACUACUCAGCCUCGGGGCAGGGUCAUGCCAUACUGGGCUUCAUAGGGAGGGGAGUUUAAGCAAACCAAAAAGAAAGGAUGCUCACCGAUCUAGAAAUACACCAGGGCCAUCAUUAGGCAGGGUGAAGGUAGGCAAACUGAACAGUUGUAGAAAGCUUUGGAAGACUGAAAACUCCCAGUACGUGUGCAAGCCGCACUGGCUAUCACCGAGCUGGUUGUGGUUCACGACGCUGGUAUAUUGCAAAUCGCCUCCCCUUGUCCCGUGUCUAACUAAGUUUCAUUCCAAAGUCAGGAAUGCUGUUUCUCCGCAAGUUGGCAAGGUCGUGCAAGAUCUUCUUAAGCUCUCCGAUGAGACAAACCUCAAUAUCCUCAAUCACAGCAUGGAAGCUAUGAUCAACCGCUUCCAAAACGAGCUUCUUCCUGUGGCCUCUCAACUCACCACACGUCUGUGUGAGUCUUACUUACGCCUUGCAAGAGAAGGCCUGGCGCAGCAAAACGAAGCGGUUCUGGACCACCUCGAUGUAGACUCGCUCGUGUCAGACGGCAAAGAUGACAAAGUAUACGGCGCUAUGGGCAUCGCUAAGACUAUUGGGAUUGUUGUUUCGUGCAUCAACUCCUUGCCUGAAAUUCUUUCACAAGUGCAAGAGGUGAUCAUACCCAUCAUCCAGUUCACCUUUGAGAAUAAGUUGAUCAAUUUGUUUGAUAAUAUGUACGACCUCGUAGACGCCCUUACCUUCCGUCUUCAUGCUAUAUCUCCGAAUAUGUGGCUGGUGUUCAAGUUGACGUAUGAUCUCUUCAAAGGCGAUGCUGUUGAUUUGGUCCACUGGUGGGUACUUUGGUCCAAGACUCGCGAGGAUAUGGCUGCCAUACCCUACAAGUUCAUUGAGGAUCAGAUGGUAGCUGCUGGCAUCGCUCUAACGUCUUCAAUGGGCAAUACAGCUAACUCAACCUCUGUCUCCCACCGAUUAUGCACACUCGGGGCAUUCCACAUAUACAUGUCGCCAUUUUGGCAGCUAUCGCUUGAAGGAUUUUCAUCAGGAACCAAGAAGAAGUUCCAAGCACUACAGAGGCGAGUUGAUGCCAAUGAGCGCCUUUGGAACGUCCUCCUCCAUCCUGUCCUUGUCCUUCCAUCCUCACUGAGUACUUCCCAGUACUCCACUCACUGUCUAAAAUAUCUUCCCGAAUCUAUUCCUGAUCACAUUGCAUCAUUCCCGCCCCUUCCUGGGAACAUUGAUCUCCAGAACGGCUCUUACUUCACGACCAAAACACUGAAUGCAUUUCUAUUAGUGACGUCUGACUUCCUCGGUGAUCUACUCGACAUUUCGAACAUAUUUUUGGGAUGCUCGUUCCGGUACUUGCUUCAACAUCGAUCAAAAUAUGUUCAAGGUACAAUAUUCACCCUUCUGGCUGCGAGAAUGUCGUGCGCACUUGGAUGUGAUCGCCAACUCAAAGACGCUAGUGCCAUUGAUUGGUACAAUGACCCGGAUGAUGACACCCCCAUGUGUGCACCACCUCCGCUUCCUGCAUCCAAUGAUCGAUCAACUGUCGCAGUCAUUGCAUGGCAACAAUAUGUUCAAGGUUCAAUCUCCACCCUCCUUGCUGCACAAAUCCAUGUGUGGAAGUGGUAUAUUCAAGGUCCAAUAUCCACCCUUCCUAUGUCGUGCGCACUUAGACCUGACGGCCAAUUGAAAGAUGCUAAGGACAUCGAGUGGUACAACGACCCUGAUGACGAUUCCCCCAUGCCCCCUUCGCCACCUCCUGCCACAUCCAAUGGUAAGAUCACUGCAUUCGUGUCCCGUCACUCGGGACGAGCCAUUAAACCAAUGGAGAAGAUUCGUGACGCUGUCAACGGCGCUCCAGCAAAGCGACCAGCACCAGCAACUCCUGAGGCCCUUGCACUUGUUGGGCAGGUAUGGAAAUCUCCUCAAGCCCGUACUUUCUUCCACAAGUGUUGCGCUGAGGUCAAUGAACCCAACCUCAAGCUUUUGAAAUGGAUCCGCACUCGGUGGGCCUCACUGUUUGGCAUGUUGGAGCGCACCCUCAAGUUGCAUAAGGGUGUGAAUAGGUUUAUACAGCUCGCAGAUGAUAGUGACGAAGUUCAGAACCUGCAGGGCAAGUCCUAUGGCGCAUUCAAGCUCUCGGCCGAGGAAUGGAAGAAGUUAGAGUUGAUGCAUGACAUGCUUCAGGAGCCUGCAAAUGCUCAGCAAUCGUUCUCUGCGACUCGCGAUCCCGGUGCCUGA